AUGCCCACCCCUCGCGUGAGCCCUGCCUCCUCUCGGUCCUCGUUCUCGUCGUCCCCGCUUCGGUUGCCCCUGCGCUCGACGUUUUCACCCGCGAGCUACCCUACGUUAGGCGUCUUCAAGACCAACACUCGGCAGCCGGGCAGUUCAGCGGGCUACGGACGCCUGCCGCCCGUCGUGCUCUUCGUCGACGCCCUUCCUCAGCGGGGCGUCCGCGCGCCCGACUCGAAGUCCGAUGGUGAUUCCGAGCCGCAGCUACAGCGGACGGGGUCGGCGCAUGUCGCGGUCCCGUACCGCCUGCGUUUCCCCGACGUCACCCUCGACCACUGGGAGCACCCCCCGCCCGCCCGCCCGCCCGCCUGGGCGACGCCCCUACACAAGCAGGGCGGUCUCGGCUCGGACCUCAAGCUACUGCUCAUCGCGGACCGCAACUUGUCCAUCUUGCGCGACCAUGGCGUUCUCAUCGGGGACGAGGACAUCGCCCUCCGCGGGCUCUUCAUCAUCGACCCCAAGGGGAACCUCAGGCGCGUCCGCAACGGGGCAGCAUAG